AUGAUACCGAGAAAGAACAAAGAAAAGAGAGCGUUGUUCCAGUAUGUGUCCUCAGAGUCCAGGGAGUUUGAGGACAUCUUGACUAUUCUGUCUUCCAGCUACAUAGAAGCCAGCUCCAACGGGACGUUCGCGUACACCAAGCUAAGAAUCGUCCACAGCGAACUGCUGGAGAAGAAUUUUGUAGAGAAAAGGAGGGAGCUGAAGCUGGAUGGGAGGACAGAGAAGGAGCUGGAGGAGACCCACUGUUUCCUGACUGCUGACUCCAUCAAGCUACCAUGGAUCUGUGAGAAUGGACUUCUUGUGGGGCACAGCUGGAUCACCGCUCUGGGAAAUCCAGCUAAGGGUGUUUAUUUGUCUAAAUACUCAGACUUACUGCAGAUCAAUCCUUUUAACCCUGGAGUCAUGGGAGAGAUCAUCAUAUUCAAGGUUAUCAAGGGUAAAGUAAAGAGCAUCUAUGAUAACAUGUCUACGAACCUUUUGGAUCCCACAAUCAAGUUUGACAGCCAUUUAUCGAAGAAUGCCAGCAUAGUCACAUCUCUCACCUCCUAUAGAGCCUAUGAGCUCACUCAGCAAUACUUCUAUGAGUAUGACUUUGAUGAGCUGAAGGCUCAGCCGAGGCAUGUGUGCCCCUUUGCAGUAGUCUCUUUCCAGUUCAAAGGCAAAGAUGCUCCGUUACAAGCCAAGCCCAUGGCUCCCCUAAGGUCAAACAGCCAAACAUCUGUAGGAAGUAAAGGCAGGAGUAAAUACACAGUGUGGAGUGGAGAGCUUGUGAUUGAGGGUAGAGCAGUGUCCCAGGUCUCCUUCUGCUCCUUCUCUCCCCCCUUCCUGCCUUUCAAACUGCCAGAGAAGCUGGAGCUGGGUCUGGUGAUGAGUAUGGACCAGGUAACUCAGAUGAUCCCCUCGGCUCUGUUCUCCUGGAACCUGUACGCAGGCAGCCACCAAGUGUUGAAGAGUGGGACACACUGCAGUCUGCUGGAGGUGGUGGAUAAGAGCAAGUCAGGAGACUGUCUGGCAGCACUGCUUCAAGGCAUGGAGACACAGCGACUGGUUCUUGUCCACAUGUUGGCUGACAAAGGAUUCCUAUUCCUCCUGUCUUCAGUUCAGAUGGCCACUCCAACUGAAAGAAGAGAUGGGUUGAAAAAAUGCCUUCGAGCGCUAUUUGUUUACCAGGAGUCCAGGGGCGUGGCAAAAUACAGUUCAAAGUGUCCAACUACCCAGGAGCCUUUACAGACGUCCUCCCGUGACCCCGCCAUGCCCCAGCUGAACAGCUUUGUCCCUGCCCUGCAUCACGCCCUGGUCAAGGUGCGCUGCAACCCGCCCACUGACCUCUCGGCCGGGGUCGAGCGCCAGGCCAGGGACUACCUCAGUGGACUCCACCAUGGAAAGGUAUAA